CCCGGCGUGUGUGCGCCUCAGAGUGUGCGCGAGGGCGCACGCAUGCGCGCUCCCCGGGUGCUCUUUCGCUCUGGGGCUCCUGUGAGGAGAAGAAGGAGGAGGAGGAGGAAGAGGAGGCCGGUCCGGCGGCCUGAGGGGACGGAGAGGCGGCGGAGGAAGGCGAGGAGGAGCCGGGGAGGCGAAGGGGAGCGGCGCGGAGAGGCCUGAGGGACCCCAACCUCGCCCGGCCUCUGCCCUCAGCCUCGCCGCCUCAGAAAGGGCCCGGCGCAGCUCCCGCCUCCCCGGCCCGUCUGGCGCCCCCUAUUGGCCAGCCGCACUCGCCCAGGCCCCGCCCCUUUGGGUCAGGCUGUCAGUCAGGCCAAAGGUAGGCCCUUGCCUUGACCUUCCCCUUUUCCUUUCCUCAGGCACCAUCCAGACCCCCUUCUUCUCAUUAUUAUUACUACCCUAUUAUCUUUUACCUACCUCUCUCUCAUCCUUUCUGCAUCCCUCAGCUAAUAAUAAUAAUAUCCCUCAUCUACUAUUUUCCCUCACUUUUUCCCCUCUCUCUUGCCUCUUUCACCAUCUACCUUUUCAUCCCACUCUCCUUUUUCUGCUUCUUGCAGCCCUCCCCCUUCAAAAUAUUCUCCAAUUUUAAUAUAAAUAAGUAUUUUCUUCCUCUUGCUUCUCUUCUCUAGAUCACCUUCUUUUCUUGUCUCCCUCUCCUCAGGCACCAUCCAGACCCCCUUCUUCUCAUUAUUAUUAUUAUUAUUAUUACCUUAUUAUCUUUUACCUACCUCUCUCUCAGCCUUUCUGCAUCCCUCAAUUAAUAAUAAUAAUAAUAAUAAUAAUAAUAAUAUUAUCCCUCAUCUACCAUUUUCUUCACUUUUUCCUCUCUCUCUCUUGCCAUUUUCACCAUCUUUCUUCUCAUCCCACUCUCCUUUCCUGCUUCUUGCAGCCCUCCCCCCUUAAAAUAUUCUCCAAUAAGUAUUUUCUUCCUCUUGCUUCUCUUCUCUAGAUUCCCUUCCUUUUCUUAUCUCCUUCUCCCACUUAUUUUCUUCUAUAUCUAUUACCGCCUUCUCCCCAUCCCAUUCUCUGUCUCAGGUUUUCCACAGGCUUUUCAAAAUAAUAUAUAAUAUAUUAUAUUAUAUUUUAUUGCUUUCUCCCCAUCCCAUUCUCUGUCUCAAGCUUCCCACAGGCUUUCAAAAAUAAUAUAUAAUAUCUAAAAUCUAAAUAUUGUUUUGAUCCAUUGCUUAUUUUUGCCUUCUUUUCCUUCUCUCUCGAAUUCUCUCCACCUCCUGCAUACUCUUCUUGUUUUAGGUGCUCUCUCAUUUCACUCUUGUAUUGUAAUUUCCUUCCAUUGCUCAUUUCCUCCUCUUGCUUUUCUUCCCUUUCUUAUCUCCUUCUCCCACUUAUUUUCUUCUUCUAUAUUUAUUAUUGCUUUCUCCCCAUCCCAUACUCUCUCUCUCUGUUUCCCCCAGGCUUUUAAAAACAAUAUAUAAUAUCUGAAAUCUCAAUAUUGUUUUGUCCAUUGCUCAUUCGCCUGCUUUUACUUCCUUCUCUCUUGAAUCCUCUCCUCCUUCUCCAUUCUUUUCUUGUGUUAUAAUAAUAAUAAUAACUUUAUUUUUGUACCCCGCCUCCAUCUCCCCAAAGGGAUUCGGGCGGCUUAUAUAUUUUAGGUACUCUUUCAUUUCACUGCUCUUGUCUUUUAAUUCAAGUUCUUCUCAUCCAUUAUUUUUCUUCAUACGUGUUUUUUAUUUUUUGCAGGAUUUCCCACUCUUUAAAAAAACUUUUUUUGCAUCCUUGCAAUUAGAGAGUUCUGAACUAGUCAGGACACAAACCUAAACGCAUCCUUCGUUGUUCCUUUCGGGCUGUUUCCACAACUUAGACAUUCUUUGCUUCCUAAUGCCAGUGCUGGUCCUCGAGAAGUAACUCUUUUGAGAGUAUUUUCUUCCCUCUUUUCAUGCAUUUUGGUGGUUUCCCAUUUCUAAAAUUGUUUCCUUCUUCUGUUUUCGCAUUUCCCAUCUCAUUCUGUUUGUAGUUUGUCUUCCCUUUUGAAUUGUUUUCGUUUUCCCUUAAGUAAAGUCUUUUAUAUUCUGCGGCAUUUGGUUUCUCUUUCCUGUUUUUUUGUAAUUUCUUUUUAAGUCAUACUUGUUUCCCCCAUGUUCCUUUUCCCUUCUGUUUCCAUUCUGUUCUUUACUCCACUGUUGCAUUUUAAAAGAUUAUUUCUGUGAACUGGUUGCUUGUUAUCCACAUUCCUAUUUGUGUACUUCAUUCUUCUGUUCACAUUACUUGACUGUCCUGUUUCUUUUCAGUUCCAUCAUUUCCAGUUAUUUUUCUCAGUCACCCAGUUUGAUCUGCUUUCAUUCUUUGCAUUUAAGUCAUCUCAUUUACUCCUUGUCCUCAGUAACUUGUGUUGCCUGACUUCCCACCUCCCACACACCACUUUUCUGUCAGUCUUAUUCUGUUUUACUUGCUCCUCUUUUCCAGUAUCUUUCUUCCUCCCAUAUUCUUCUUUCCGUCCUUUUUGGACAUUGCCUCUCCCCACUGACUUAACAUUCUUUGCUUUAAUCAGUCACUUCCUAUUCCCUUCCACGGGACAUUGCUUGCAUCCAUCCACGUUUAAUAUUAAAGGUGAAUGGAUGUAUACACAGCACAGAGUGGAGGAGACUCGUAGAAGCCCGUAAGGGACCUUCUUACACAUUUUUGAAAAGAUAAAUGAAAAGGAUGUGGGAAUGGAAGGGGUGGAGUUGUCAGUAUUCCUAACAUUUUCUAGGGGGGUGCAUUCACAUCCUUUUUCUAGGGGGGACGGGGACUGACUCAAAUUCAAGACUGGCACAGAAAAAGCAGAAAGAUGGCCUUCUAGUACCAACUACACCAGCCAUCUUGGGGGGAAAGGGGAAUUUCUUGCAUGCUCACACUCACACACGCAGCAGCCUCCAUUUUUAGUGACUUAAUGAAGACGUAAACGACCUGUAGAACUCCAUGUUUGCGAAGGUGGGCAACUUGCUUGUGAAAGUGUAGCAGACCUUCAUUUUUGUGGCCAAAUGACAGCUUGACCCAGUUGUUCUCCAACCAGAGGGCAUCACUUUGAAUGUCUCUGUGUAGUGCCACAGCCGGCGCAAAAAUGAUGGCGGCUUACAAUGGCGGUACAUCCGCCGCCGCUGCAGGUCACCACCACCACCAUCACCACCACCUUGCCCACCUCCCUCCUCCUCAUCUCCAUCACCACCAUCAUCCCCAGCACCACUUGCACCCAGGCUCUGCGGCUGCAGUGCAUCCUGUGCAGCAACAUGCUUCUUCGGCGGCUGCAGCGGCGGCGGCUGCGGCGGCAGCUGCAGCCAUGUUAAAUCCAGGCCAGCAGCAGCCAUAUUUCCCGUCACCGGCACCAGGUCAGGCUCCUGGGCCAGCUGCAGCUGCCCCAGCUCAGGUACAAGCUGCAGCAGCGGCUGCAGUUAAAGCGCAUCAUCAUCAGCACACACAUCACCCGCAGCAGCAACUGGAUAUCGAGCCAGAUCGGCCUAUUGGAUAUGGAGCCUUUGGUGUCGUCUGGUCAGUCACAGAUCCACGCGAUGGAAAGAGAGUUGCACUCAAAAAGAUGCCCAACGUCUUCCAAAAUCUGGUCUCUUGCAAAAGGGUCUUCCGCGAAUUGAAGAUGUUGUGUUUUUUUAAGCAUGACAAUGUACUCUCUGCUCUUGACAUUCUUCAGCCACCACACAUUGACUACUUUGAAGAAAUAUAUGUUGUUACAGAAUUGAUGCAGAGUGACCUUCAUAAGAUUAUCGUCUCUCCUCAACCACUCAGUUCAGAUCAUGUCAAAGUUUUUCUUUACCAGAUUUUGAGAGGUCUGAAAUACCUACAUUCUGCUGGUAUUUUGCAUCGAGACAUUAAACCAGGGAAUCUGCUUGUGAACAGCAACUGUGUUCUUAAGAUCUGUGAUUUUGGCUUGGCGCGGGUGGAAGAGUUAGACGAAUCGCGUCACAUGACUCAGGAAGUCGUCACUCAGUAUUACCGAGCUCCCGAAAUCCUGAUGGGCAGCCGCCACUACAGCAAUGCUAUUGAUAUUUGGUCUGUGGGCUGUAUAUUUGCUGAAUUACUAGGGCGGCGAAUACUGUUUCAAGCUCAGAGUCCCAUUCAGCAGUUGGAUUUGAUCACAGAUCUUCUGGGAACACCGUCACUGGAAGCAAUGAGGACGGCUUGUGAAGGCGCCAAGGCACACAUACUCAGGGGUCCUCAUAAACAGCCAUCCCUUCCUGUCCUGUAUACAUUAUCAAGUCAAGCUACACAUGAAGCCGUUCAUCUCCUUUGUAGGAUGUUGGUCUUUGAUCCAUCCAAGCGAAUAUCUGCUAAGGAUGCCUUAGCUCAUCCAUAUCUGGACGAAGGGCGUUUGCGAUACCACACCUGCAUGUGUAAAUGUUGCUUCUCCACCUCAACGGGACGCGUUUACACCAACGAUUUCGAACCUAUCACGAACCCCAAGUUCGACGAUACGUUUGAAAAGAACCUCAGUUCUGUUCGGCAGGUGAAAGAAAUUAUUCAUCAGUUCAUUUUGGAACAGCAGAAAGGAAGCAGAGUACCGCUGUGCAUCAACCCACAAUCUGCUGCUUUUAAGAGCUUUAUUAGGUAACUUUCCACUGUUGCCCAGCCGUCCGAGAUGCCGCCGUCUCCACUGGUCUGGGAGUAAACAUGGACGAUAUAUUGUACUACUACUGAAGACAUAAUGUAGCUUUCCACUGGAUUCUGGGAUUUGCAAUUUCUGGAGGUUUAAUCAUGCUUGUACUGUACUUUUACUAAUGAAGUUUGUAAAUUAACAACCACUAUUUCCUUGUAUGAUACGAGAGGUAGGAGACAAGCGAAACUAGGCGUUUCAAUCUUUGUCAAGGUUGGGGUUUUAGAAAAUGCGGGGGAAAUAUAUCCAGAGUUGCACACGUUUUGUUUUCGCCACCCGUGAAUUGAGACGGAGAAGGAACUAAACGGAGAGGAAAGUUGCUGCGUUGGUUUGUUUUGAUCCUUGUUUGAGGUUUUUCUUUCCUUUCGACUUGACAAUGAGGUUAGAAGGUGGUUCGAUAUCAAUCCAUUCCUGAAGAUUUGGGGUUGUUUUUUUUUUUAAAACCAUAUAUAUAUAUAUAUAUUAAAAGAGUACAAAAACCAACCGUGACCAAUCUUGACGCCCCGAGCAUUGUCUAAGUGCCGUUUCCCAAUCUGACGUCAUGAGUAGAAAGAAUGACCUGGUAUAAAUAAAUAUAUAUAAAUAUAUAUAUUUAAUCUAUUUUUAUUAAAGGUUUUUUCUGCUCUUUUCUUACAUAAACCAUCUCCCCCGCCCCUUCCGCAUGCACCUGCAAAAAUGUGUGUAAAUAAAUCCAUUUUCUGGGCUACGAUUUCCAAGAAUCUUGAUCUUCAUUGCUGUGUAUAGAGAGAGAGAGAGAGACUGAGAGAGUAGCUUGCACAUUUUUUUUUAGAUCUAUCUGUGAAACUUAGUAAUUUUAUUUUUUAACAAUCCUGCACUGGACAGUUGGGUGAAAAAACACAAGUGGAGGGGGGAAAAAGCACAUAGGGAAUUACGUUUAAUUGUAUUUGUGUCGCUAGGCAAAGCUGUGGAAGUCUUGAAAUGUCGGAGUAGUCGAUGAUAACUUUUAUUACGUUUGAUUUUUGUUUUUAUUAUUUUUUUGCUAAUUUCUUCUCUUUGUUGUGUUGUUCUUUCUGUUCAGACACUGAAUUAUUCUGUGCAUAUGUAUAUAUAUAUAUGAACACAAAUUGAAGGCCGCUACCUCCUGGAGUAUACAACUUGGUUUGUUUACCUCCACAUGAAUUUUUUUUUUUAAAGUCCAGUGUGGAGACUUGAAACUUGAAUGUCCCUUCCAACUUUUAUAUUUAAAAAAAAGGCAAGAAAAAUUCAAGACUGUUUUUUCACCUGUACAAAGAGAAAAAAAAAACGAAUGAAUGGUCUUAAAAGAACAUUUUUGAAACUUGGUCUGGGAUAUUUAAAAAAAAAUAUUGAGAGCGAUUGUGAGAUUGAGAGAGACUGAGAGAGCGAGAAACCUUAGUGUUUGUCAUGGACAAUUAACUGUUAAAGUUAUUGUAAGUUAUCUGUAUUUAGCAGAGUAUUUUCGAGAGGCGUGAUCUGAGCUGGAACUGAACUAUGAGUUAAGUUAUGUUUUCGGGAAGUUUUAACUUCAAUGAAGUCAUUAUUUUGAUGCGAACGAGACGAGCGUCGGAUUUCUCUAAACAAAGGUGCCCGAAAUAUCUUUGUUUUUUUGUGUGGCUCCUGAGGGAUUUUUUUGAAACUGAAGCAUUUCAACUCACUCGAAUGAGAAACGUGUCCUUAACUUUAAAAAAUAAAAAAUAAAACACGAGCCCAAGAAGACAGUGGUAUGAAAGGUAAAAUCUCAGAGGUUGGUCUGUUAAAUGUGGCACACUUGCGGGUCACUUUGUACAAUGUAGAUUUUGAAGUACAGUGGUGAAAACAUUAAAUGUGACAUUUGAAACAAGCAA